CCUGAAGGGAGGUAGAAGUUUCACUGCAUUCCUGUCCUGCAACUCCGACUCACCCAUCUGCAAGGACAUAUCCGUAGUGUGUGUGUGUUUGUGGCAGUGUUCAGGACCCCUGAACAGGCCCCACCUUGAUUUCAGGACCACAUUGUGUGUAUAUUAGUUUGUGUUAAAACAUAACAUCGGAGGGGGUGUGGGCCAGACAUCCGCAUACGCCUAUUGACCUAAACCUCAACACAUUGUCAGGGACGUGAUGACGUCGCUGGGUGAUAAUGGCUCUGUCCAGACACAGACCAAGGUCCUGUCCCAGGACUCAUGGACGCAGGUCAGCUGUCCCUGCUGUGUGUCUAAGCAGGUGGAGCCCCUGGUCCUCAUCCAGCUGUCAGACAAUGUCCAGCCUGUCACCAAGAGGUGGCUCAUCUCCCUGAUUGAAGCUUCAAAGAGACACGGAGGAGCAGCAUUGCUGGCCCACCCUGGAGAGGAUGAGUGUGGGGAUGUGAUCAUGGUGUCUGCUCCUCGCUGCACAUUCCUCAAAGCCACAGAGGAUCUGGGUCUGUGUAAGAAAUACCACAAUGAAGACAUGGUUGCUUUCUCCUACCACGACAGAGACAACUUCAGCAACGUUGAUGACAUGCAGGAGUUCCUGACGCUAGCGGAGCGUCAGUACAUAGUCAAGAAUGAGCUGGACUCUCUACAGGCCCAGAAGAAGCAAAGAAUCCCUGGAGUCCCAGAGGCUCCAGGGGUCCUGGAGGCCUGGGAGAACAUCUGUCAGAAGCUGGUGAGGGCAGGAGUGAUAAAGGACAUCUUCCCUCUACAUAACCAGCAGAGACUGAAUGACCUCGGCAGAAGUUGGUACUAUAAGAAGCAGAUAUGGGGACAGCCUCUCGAUGCAAUACAAUCAUAUUUUGGAAGCACCGUGGCGUUUUACUUCAGCUUUCUAGACUUCUACACCUGGGCCCUGGUUCCCCCUGCCUUCCUGGGCCUGGUCCUGACCUUUCUGCUGCCUGGAGGUGGUGGGGUGGUGAAGGAGCAGGCCGUGGAGGGGGUGAUGGAGGAGGACGACGAUGGCCCCUCGGUCAGUGGUCACAUGGUACAGGCUGUAUUCAGCAUGCUGUGGUCCACGCUGUUCAUCGAAUUGUGGAAGCGCCGGAGCUCCUCCCUCUCCCACCGCUGGGGCACACUGAACCUGGCUGAGCGCUUUGCCGGGCCCCGCCCUGGCUUCCACGGUACCCUGGGGCUCAACCCUGAAACAGGUCGUCUGGAGCCCCUGUUCCCGGAGUGGCAGAGACAGCUGCGUGUAGGACUGGUGUCGUUGCCCCUAGUGGGGCUGUUCCUGGGACUGGUGGUGCUGGGGAUGACAGGCUUCUACCACGGAGAGGCCCUGGUACAGGGCUUCCAUCAGGACAGCGGCUCCCUGUUCUCUGGAGCUCUGCUCUACCUGCCCUCCAURGCCCACAYWGUCUACACCAMCAURYURRRGAAUGUGUACCACKCUGUGGCCAUGCAACUCACCGAGUGGGAAAACCACCGAGAGGAGUCCUCUUUCCAGAACCAUCAUACCACCAAAGUCCUCCUGUUUACUUUCUUCAACAACUUUGCUGUGCUCUUCCACAUUGCCUUUUACAAACAGGACCUACCACUGCUACGCAAGAGACUUGCCUCUAUGCUAAUUGGGAACCAGCUGAUGAACCAGUGUACAGAGGUGGUGGUGCCAUUUAUAGUCGACCGCUUCCUCAGUGCUCCCCAUAAGAAAGAGCAGGAGGACGACCUAGAGGUGGACAAACUCAGAGCCCAGAGAAGCCUUCCUCCUUUUCCAGGCCUGUUUGCGGAGUACAUUGAAUUGCUGCUGCAGUUUGGGUAUUUGAGUCUGUUCUCCUGUGUGUACCCGCUCACCGCCGUCCUCCUGCUYCUCAACAACAUCACAGAGAUCCGAGGGGAUGCCUACAAGAUCUGCAAACUGUUCCGCAAGCCAUUCUCUGCCCCAGUGUCCAAUAUGGGGGUGUGGCAGACAGCGUUUGAGGUUCUGGGCUUUGUCUCAGUCAUGUCUAACUGCUGGCUGCUGCUGCUGUCCCCUCGCGUCCAGGAGUUCUGUCUGGAGGGAGGGAUCAGCGGAAAGAACAUCAUACUCGUCGCCAUCCUGGUCGAGCAUGUCCUGAUCCUGGUCAAGAUGAUUCUAGCCUUUAUGAUCCCAGAUGAGCCUGACUGGGUCAGAAUCAAGAGGGAACAAAUCGAGUUUAACUCUAUGCAAGCUCUAGGGCAGCAGAAGCUAUGAAGCCCCUGUGGGAGAGUGAGUGUCCUGUUGCCCUUCAAGUGGUGGUCUGGACUAGGGGGCUCAUUAGAAUUAGCUGCCAUAACGAGGACGGACAGGAGGAUAUAAAGACACGUCUGUUUGGCCUGUGAACUUAAACCCUGGAGCCAGCCAGUCUGAGAAGCUCCCUCAGUAUCUCCCUCUGAAGGACUCCCUCUCCAGGCAUAAAUACAGUUCAGAAAGGAAACACCAGGUAUUCGUUUAACCAUUUAUUAGAGAAUAUGAACAAUACGUCUUGGCAAUAGGCUGUGCUCUGUCAGGGUAGCUCACUGUCAGAGCAAAGCGUCAACAUAUAAUAACUACAGGUGUGCUAUACCAAUCCACCUGCAGGAAGGAAAACAGAACCAAACAGGUGGAGGUUGGGGUGGUGGAGGUUUUGGUGGUGGUGUGUAGCAAGAAAAACAAAUGCAUACUAGCAGUAGCAGCAAGCGGCAGCAGAGGAUGUGUGAGCAGAACCUGGUCAGCUUAAAUAGACCGCCAUAUUAAGUAGGAAGUGUUGUUAGCAUCUGGUUGUUGCAGUCUCAGCUGAUGCAGAAACUCAGGUUUUAAUUCUGAACCUGCUUUGCUUUAUAAGUCAUGUUAGAUACUAGAGGCAGGGGCCAGGGACUGAAGCGAAACCCAAUGAAGAGCUAGGUGUGUUGUUCAUUGUUUUAAUGUAGCUUUGCAGCUUCAGCUUAGGUGUCAGAUUUCUUGAAAUAGUGGGUAGCUUUGGACUUUGUGUGUGGCACAUACUAUGCAAGUUUUUAAUUUGCUAUAAAUAUUUUUUUUCUCCAGUGGUUUACGUACUUUCACAUAAUGAGUGUUACAUUGUACGUUUCAAGCACAUUACAAACCUACUAAAAUCAAAUUAUUUGAAGAUUUUGCAAAUGUUAAAACAUAAGGAUUAAUGAUUAACUUGAUUUUGGAAUACAUACUAUAUUCAUAUGUAUCUUUUAAAAUUGAAGAUGUAGAAGAGAUGCUGUGUUGGAUGAGAGGAGAUAGUUAUGUUCAGCCAAAUAAAAUAAACAUCCCAAAUCAGCACA